UUUCCAACGACUUUCAGAUAGUAAGCGCGGUAUUUAACGUUUUAACAGUUUAAUAUUAUUUCGUUAAAUUCUUUUUCGGUUUUUGUAUAAUUAUAUUAUUCUUGUGCUACUGUACUGUAUUCGUCAACGAAAAUAAAAACAAUUUAUAGAAUAGGAGAAGUUGGCGAUCUCUCUACUGGUUUGCUGAAAAAAGAUGCAGAAACAACCAAUAUGAGCGCUUUCCAAAUCACCAUUACUCCCACUCGCUGUCCACCGAAGCAGCGUACGGAAACCCGUGAGCCAACUUUGGUUCAACUUGGUCCGUUUACGCCCAAAGCAACGGUUGUUUUUGAGGGAAUACCAGUAGGUAAAACAGCGCGACGACAGAUGCUCAUCAAGAACCCCUACAAUGAACAAAUAAAGGUGCUCAUUACAAAAAUUCCUAAACCAGAGUUCAAUUUAGUGCUGGAGUGGACUUCCAUGGAUAUUGACACUGGAGAGGAGCGUCAGCUUGAACUAGUCUGGAAUCCACUGAAAGUUAUGAAUAAUUUGGAAACCUUGCAAAUGAUUGACAGUUGUGGCACCAAGAAAGAUGUAGCACUUAUCAUGAAAUCUGUAGAUGUGAAAAAAACAGCGCCUAAAAAAACAGUUUCUAAACAAGCAGCAGUUAUUCCAAAAAAAUUAAAACUCAAAGCACCUUCGCCACCAAAACUAAUGAUAAAACGAACUGUGGUAAUGAAAAAAAGAGAGUCACCAGUGAAAAAGCCUGUUUUAUCACCAUUGUCCAGUUGUUCUGUUGUUAAAAACAACGUUUUAACAGAACGAACUGCACCAAAUAUUUUCAGCGAAAUAAACUUUUCUCGCAUGUCUUCAGAACCUACACAGCACGGCAAAGUGCAAAACAAAGAAAACGUUAGUCCUCAAACACCAGAAAAAUAUGUCAACCCAUUUAAAGGUAUUAAAUUCACACCAUCACGUAUGGAUAACUCUUACCUUGCUGAUUUGCCCACACCCGUAAAUCCAUCGAAAGGUAACACUUUUUUGUUUGACAAAACUAGCAACAUAUUUAAGGGACUCAGUGCCUCACGAAAUUGCGAUCAGUAUGAAAAAGAUAUUUCAUCAUUGCCAGAUCAAAGCGUUCUUGCCAUGGAAGAAACGCCGAAAUCAAUCUACAAAAAGUCUGGUAUCCCUGGAAUCACUAUAACUCCAAUAAAUCGGAAAAGUCCACUUGUGGAAAACGUGUUCGACCCUAAUUGUUUUUCAACUACUACGAGAGACACGAAGCAAUCGGAAUUCGAAAUUAAAACUGAAGAGUCGAAUAAUGAUAUUAAUAGGCAAUUAAAUUUCUCCUGUGAGUUUGAAUUAGGAGAUGUCCAAAUCAAAGAAUUUCCACAUGCAGUUGUGAAAACAACGGAAUUUAACGGAGCAGCAGACAGUUUCUCACCUUGCAAUGAAAUUCAGCUGGUAUUUCUGGACAGUCUCGAUGCGGCACUUAACGAACACCCUAAGAUAUUGAAUAAAACACAAACAGUAUCAACAAACGACUCUCACCAGCAGCUAUCAAUGAUAGCUGAGGAAAAUUCCCGUGAACUGGGUUUGACCUACCAUACAAGUAUUCCGGCGGUUGAUCAUGAACCGGAAGAACUGAAGAUACACCAGAAAACAUUUCAUAUCAAUAGUAUGGUUAAGUCCAACUCCGAUGAUAACAUAGUUAAAAACCUUACCAUGGACAACAAACAACAUUCUAUCACACAGGGUUCAAUGCCUAACUUGAGCAAUGGCGACGAUGAGGAAGCACGCAUGUUUAAAGAGCAUGAAAUUCGAGCCCAAUCCAGCCGAUUCAAUUUACACGAAAUCGAUUUUGGUGGUGACGAAAUUAAAACUACAUUAGGAAAACGGGUACUUGACAGAAGUUCAAUAGAAAGCGAGAAAGAUGAACCACUGUCUAUGGAAAUUUCACCGCCCAAGAAGUGUAAGGUGGUUUCUUCUUCAGCAAUCACAAUAUUCGCAACUACAAAGGUGUCUAAAACUUACUCCUCGUUUCGUGGUGAAAAAAGUAGCUUUCAAGUUCCAAAAGUCGCAGCUUCACGCAACCUUACGCUUAAAAGGAUACCGGGUCCUGCAACAGCAGUCAAGAAGUAUAAUAUUGACGAAAAAAGGGUGUUUCUGUACGACUCUGAUCGACAUCUUAGAGCCCUGAUUAAUCCAGACCCAUUCGCAGCAACAACUACGUGUGACCCUUUUCUUGCUGCCACGAUGUAUCUGGACGAACGAAGCUUUGAAAAAUACGAACGUCAGUUGAAGAAAUGGCUUAACGCUCUAGUAACCAUUCCAGCCGAUUUAGACACGGAACCAAAUAAACCUGUUGAUGUUGCCAAAUUAUUCGAUGAGGUGAAGGGCAAAGAAUUAACACUAGCGCCAACGAAAGAGCUAAUCUCAUCGAACUAUUACCGAAACCGAUUAAACCAACUGAGAAAUGCAGGCAUUUCACUGUAUUUCAGUGAGAACGUCGCUGAACCUUUGCGAAAAGUUCGAGCUGCCAUUGAAAAGAAGUCAAUGGCUUUACGAACAGAUCGGGAGUUGCAUUUGGACCUGGUAUUACAAAGGAAUGUUCUGGAGUUACUACUUUGUUUCAAUCCACUUUGGUUGCGACUUGGAUUGGAAGUGACUUUCGGAGAACAAAUUGAACUUCAAUCUAAUCGGGAUGUAAUCGGAUUAAGUACGUUCAUCAUAAACCGAUUGUUCCGAGAUCGUUAUCUUGAAGCGAAAAACUCCAGAGCCUAUAAUUUGUCACCUGCAUAUGCAGAGCACAUGAAGAAAUUUACUCUGCGUAUGGUUUUGUAUCUAUUGUUCUUCCUGGACAUGGCUAAAAAUCAGAGGCUUAUCAGACAUAAUCCCUGCCUCUUCGUCAAGACUGCACCAUAUAAAGAAACAAAAGAAAUUUUGAUUCGGUUCUCAUCCUACCUUAUAGCAGGAAUCGGAGACGUCACAAAAUAUUUAAAAAGAUUUGGAUUUAUUCUAACGCAUAAACAAACUUUCUUAGACGAGUUUGAUUACGCCUUUGAAAAUCUAGCCACAGAUCUUCGUGAUGGCAUUCGGCUUACUCGAGUCAUGGAAAUAAUUUUGCUGAGAGAUGACCUCACGCAAAGUUUGAGGGUUCCUGCAAUCUCAAGACUGCAAAAGGUUCAUAAUGUUAACCUAGCGUUGAAGGCACUCGCAGAAGCUAAUUACCAGAUUGCGGGAGACAUAGCUGCCAAAGAUAUCUGCGAUGGUCAUCGCGAGAAAACUCUUUCGUUACUAUGGCAAAUUGUGUAUAAGUUCAGGGCACCAAAGUUCAACGCCGCUGCAAACGUAAUACGUAACUGGUGGAAAAAAAAUUGGCUUAGGGUUAUCAUCGGCAGACGAAUUACACAAAAAUGGCUACGACGCAAGGAGACAGCAGCAAUACUCAUUCAGUCCUUUUAUCGAGGGCAUUUCACUAGGCGACUCUUCAAACAAAUGCGACAUCAAAAAACGCAGGCUGUGAUAGUACUUCAAAAAUACACUCGAAGAUACUUAGCACAAAAGAAAGCUGCUCUCCAAUAUUCAGCACUUUUACGCAUCCAGCGGUGGUGGCGGUCUGUUCAAAAAACCAAGAUUGUACGGGAACGAUUUCUGUUGCAACGGAAAAGUGCAAUUCUUCUACAAACCAGCUUUCGACGUCACGCUCUUGCAAAGCGGUUGUUGGCAGCUUCUGGUGUUAUACGCUCGUUACAAAUCGAAGCACGUUUGAAGUACGAGAAAGCUGUUGUUAUCAAGAGAACGCUUAAAUCCUAUGUCAUACAUCGUAAACUGCAGUCAAUUGUGCUGGGUAUGGUAACUUACAACAGGCAUAGAGCACUGCAACAUUCAUCUGCGUCAAAGAUUCAAGCCAUGGUACGAAUGCAUAAAUCGCGUAAGGAAUUCUUGAACCUCCGUGUUGCAGUAAUUACGAUUCAACGUCGAUGGAAGGAAUACUUGCAGGCCAGAAGGGAGAGGUUAGAAUAUAUAAAGAUGAAAAAAUGUGCUAUUAUAAUUCAGCAAAGAUUACGGGGGUACCGUUUGAUGAUGCAGAUCAAAGCAGAAUAUAAGCGACAAAUAUCAACGAUAGUGUUCAUUCAGCAAAAAUUCAGAGCCAAGCUAGUUAUGAGACAAGAGCGUUUUAGAUAUUUGAAAUUGAAGAAUGCCGCGAUAGCUUUUCAGCAACGCUAUCGAUCUUUAAUUACCAUGAGAAUGUACCAGCGAGAGUUUCAGUGUUUGAAAUCUGCUGCAUUAAUAAUACAGCGACGUUUUCGAGCGCAAAGGCUAAUGAAAAUAGAAAACCAUAAGUUUUUGGAAUUGAAACGAGCAGUUCUCACAGUUCAGUGUAAAUUUAGAGCUAAAACUGCAAUGAUUCAAGCUCUUAAUAGCUAUCAACAAGCGCGAUCAGCAUGCAUCACCAUUCAACGUCGAUUAAGAGCUACCCUUGUCAUGAGGAAGCAGAGGUUAGAAUUCCUAACACUUCAAUAUUACACCAUUGUUCUACAAAGACAGUUCAGAGCAAAUGUUGAAGCAAAAUUAAAGCGAUUGGAAUAUGUAAAGCUUAAAAGUGCUACCAUGUGUAUUCAAAAAAGAUUUCGAGCUACAUUGAUCGCUCGGUGUGUACAAACUGAUUAUCAUAUGAAACGCAAAGCUAUAAUUGUAAUACAAAGAUUUUGGAGAAAUAUUCAGCUAAUGCGAUCUAACAGAAACCUGUAUUUGGAGAAACGACAAGCUGCUAUUCAUAUUCAACGACAGUACCGUGCGUAUAAAUUGUUCAAAAAAGCUCGCUUAAAUUUUACAAUCACUAGAACAGCAGUCGUUAUGAUACAGCAAAGAUACCGAGCUACGAAGUUGAUGCAGAAGCAAAGGCAAGUUUUUCAAAACACAUUGAGAGCAAUAAUAUUGUGUCAGCGCAGGUAUAGAGCAAUCCUGAUAGGUCGCAAACAGAGAAUUGAAUACAUGAAACUAAGACAAGCUACUACUUGUAUACAACGACGUUGGCGUGCAAAUAUCCUCACGAGAACAUAUCGAACAAAGUAUCAAACACUUAAAUAUGCAGUUAUUGUUUUGCAAAAUCGCUACCGAGCUUUAACAGCUAUGAAAACAACUCGAUCUGAAUUUGUAAAGAUUAGGUUAGCAGUAAUCCAUAUUCAACGAAAAUAUAGAGCCACACGUGAAAUGAAGCAGAUCUGUUUCCAAUACUUGCGCUUGAAAAGUGCAGCGAUUCAAAUACAACGAUAUUUCCGUAGUUUCAUGGAAAUGAAACGGCAAAGGGCCAUAUACAUUCAAUUGAAACAAGCAACACUUUGUAUUCAGCAAAAAUAUCGUGCUUUAACAAAAAUGCAGUUGCUAAGAAAACAAUAUCUGAAACAGAGAUCUUCAGCUAUCAUAAUUCAACGCUAUUUCCGAGGAUAUCUUAAAAUGAAAUAUUUCCGCACACAUUUCUUACAGAUUAAGCAAGCUUGUGUGGUUUUUCAACGACGAUACCGUGCAAAUGUAGCAAUGCUCGAAAAAAGAUACCAAUACGGUACUCUUCGAUGUGCCACGCUAAUUAUUCAACGGAAGUGGCGAGCAACAUUGAUAAUGAGAACACAAUAUUUGCAGUACCAAAGCGCCAUUAAAGCAGCCAGAGUAAUUCAAAACUAUUACCGAUCCUAUCAAUUGCGCGUGGUGGAGCAGAUCAAUUAUAGACAUAUCAGGAGUGCUAUAAUUACUAUUCAGCGUAAGUUUCGUGCCACACAACAGAUGCGCGUCCAACGAGCGCAAUAUCAGCUCUUAGAGGAAAUAACUCUCCGGCUUCAGACCAGAAGUCGUGGUUUCUUGGCUCGUCAGGCAUUUCGAGCAAAGCUUACUCCAGAAUACCUAGAACGUCGCAUUCGAGAGCAAAAUGCUAAAGUAAUUCAAGCAUAUUGGCGAGGUUAUCAGCAUAGAAAAAAACAGCAAACAGUAACCAUGCGCGAUGUAGCUAUGCGAAUAGUUGCCAGUAGAAGAGAGGCAUUACGAGAUCCGUCAAAUCGAGUCGGCAAUAUUUUAAAAUCUUGCAUGAAGUUCAUGAAAACAAGAUUUGCGGUCGCUGAGGCAAUAAAAGUCCUGCUAAGAAUUGAGCACAUAUCGCGGCUUGUACCACAUUUACUUACGAAAUAUUCAAUAUUUUUGGCUAGUUUUUGUUACAUGACGAUGGCACAGGCCAUUCGUUCAGAACUUGAUAAGCAGUUAAUAGAAAUAUGCGCUCGCAUAAUUCUGAACAUGGCAAGGUAUGAGGGUACUAAGGAACAGGCAUUUCAGGAAAACGGUCUUGUAACUGUGUCGCAAAUGUUGCUUCGUUGGUGCGAUAAAGAAUGCGGUAUCUUCAAUACGCUUUGUACGCUUCUCUGGAUCCUGUCCCACGAUACCCACAAGAAAAAUAUUAUUCGACGUUAUAUGAUUUCGCGUGAAGCCAUUUACAUGUUACGUGAAACGAAAAAACUUGUUCAGCGAAAAGAAAAGAUGCGCAAAAACGUAAAGAAACCAGUUGGAUGUUUGGUGCCACCGGAUCCGACAUUAAUGCAAAUGGAACCGAUCCUCGGACCAGAUUACGGAGUGAUACGCAGUAAACCGUACGUUUUUUAUUCUUCCGUGUUUGCUUUCGACAUGGUAUUGAACGUUCUGGAUGUGGACAUAUCAUAAUACAGUAGAUUUUCUCUAGAUUAUAUUUACGUUUUGAAUUUCAAUGUAAUUUGUUACUCGUAAUAAUCAACAAAACAUGUUAAUACAUAGAGAUACGUUA